AUGAACAUCAUGCGCAAGUGGUGGGGGGCGGGUGGGAGGCCUGAGGAUGGGCUGGAUGGCUCCCAGCUGCUGGAGCAACAGCAUCAGCAACAGAGACACUUGGCGCUUGGUCUGAUGCACCUCAAGAAGCUCUUCAGUGAAAUCCUGCAUCCUGCACACCCGCUCUCUGAAGAUGAGAGAGAGGACAAGCUCUAUAACAUGCUGCCUCUCUUCUGCAAGGUCUUCUCCAAUAGCUCGCCUACAGAUCUUGUUGAGAAAUUUGAAGACGUAUUACUGUUCACUCAGCACGUUAGCAAACUCAUGGUAACUGAAAUAAGAAGGCGGGCCAGCAACCAGUCGACAGCGGCUGCCUCGUGUGCCAUCGUGCGCUUCCUUGAGAUGGAAGGAGAGGAGGAGGGGGUGGACAGCAUCCCUAGCUCUGGAGGAUGGCUGCUGCUCAAUGCCCUCAACCUCCUUGCUGACGGCCCUCCUGCAAUCAUUGAGGUGAUGACAGUGAGCUCCUUGCCAUCCACACUAGUAAAGUGCCUCUACCUCUUCUUCGACCUCCCUGACCCUGACUCAGCUGACUCAGAGAAUGCAAAUGCUGAGUCAAACCUCAAUAAAAAGAGUCACAGUUCUCCCCUUCACCUCCCACUUGAUACUUCCAAGACUGGUGGGCAACAGUCAGCACUCCAGAGUACUGCAAGUGAUGCAUCAUCAUGUGGAGCAGCUAUUGUACCUGCCACCACUGAUCGCAGGUUGCUGCUGCAGAAGGUCUUUGUUCAGGUAAUGCUGAGGCUGUGUUCACACACGGGUCCUGCAGAAGAGCUCGCCCGUAAGGACGACCUCAGCUUGCUGUUCAGCGCCAGCACCUCAGGCUGCCCCCCACACAACUGCGUCUGGCGCAGGAGUGCGGCUGAGGUCCUCAUGGCUGUGUCCCGACACGGCCUCUCCCAGCCUGUCAUCUCAUACAUACACAGCAAAGGCUGCAUCGCCCUCUGCGUGGAGAACAUGGAGAGGACGCAGGACCUCUCACCCCUCGAGAUCGUCGAGAUGCUCGUCGCCAUCUUCUGCUUCCUCAAAGACUCUGCCGACUGCUCACAAGUCCUCUUGGACGACUUCAAGUCUGCUCAAGGAUAUGCUUUCCUCGUCGACUUUAUUCUCAGACUGGAGCACGAGAGCUUGGCGUCCAACAGUGGCAUGUGCAGUCCAGCUGGUGACAGCAGCUGCAGUAGUGGCAACAGCAACGCUGUCACCCCUGCCUCCACCCUCACCAACAGUGAAGGGACCGAUGCACUGCGCAACCUGGUACUGCUCGUGGCGUCUCUGUGCUACUGCGGCCACAGCCAGCCAAGGCCGUCACUGCACCCCAGCACUGCGCUCUACACGGUGCCUGGCUUCGUGCUGCCCACCCCCAGCAAUAAAGGGUGCAGUGUCCGCAACGUGGCGGCGUUCGGGGUGCUGCAGGUGGUGUUCUGUAGGGCGUCGUCCGCCACGCUGGCCGCCUGCGUGCUGGACGCCAUCUCGUCCAUCUACCACGCCGACCCCGCCAACUACUUCAUCCUCGAGCCCCAGGCCACGCUGUCCUCCUUCGCUGAGACCAUGCACGCCCGCCCCCACCACGUCCAGGUGAAGUACCUGGAGCUGGUAGAGCUGGUCGUGUUCGAGCUGAACCACGUGCCCUGCAAGGAGCUAAUCUCACUGUCCCUGCUGCUGAAGGCCCACCACACCUCCUCCCCCAGCACCGGUGAGUCUAGUGCCUCCCCUGCCUGCACCCCCACCAGGGUGAGUCUAGUGCCCUCCUCUGCCUGCACCCCCAGCAGGGUGAGUCUAGUGCCCUCCCCUGCCUGCACCCCCACCAGGACGAACGGCGCAGUGGGAUGUGCAGCUGCGGCCGGCGCGGCGGUGGUGUCAAGGAGACUCAGUUCGAGCUCGUCAAUCUUCACCGCCGAGCUGGUCGGUGUCAGCUGUGCCCUUAGCCUCAUAGACCAACUGCCCGGAGACGACUUUACAAUAUUUGUAGACUCCAAAAGUGUGGUGCAGGCUUUGAGAGCUUAUAAUAGCAGGCACCCCAUCGUCUGGGAGAUCCUAAUCGGGCUGGUGCGCCUGGCGGGGGCGGGGAGAGCGGUGAGCGUCUGCUGGGUGCCCGGACACGUGGGGGUGCGAGGCAACGAGAGGGCGGAUGAGGCUGCGGUAAACGCCGCCUCUUCGGACCAGGCGAUCCAUAGCGAUCAAGUCCCUUGCCGGGACCACUACCCUAUCAUCAAGGCAAGCAUCCGCCAUAUCUGGCGGGAACAGUGGCUGAACGUGGGAGAGAACAAACUAAGAGCAAUUAAGGAUUGUGUACGAGCGUGGAGUUCAUCAUACCAGAAAUCCCGGAAGAUGGAGGUAGCGCUGUGCAGACUAAGGAUCGGUCACACGCGCCUCACUCACAGGUGCGCCAGCAGCGGCGAAUGUGCAGCGAGUGUGGGGGACGAGAAGGGGGAGGAGGUGUGUGUGGCAGCGCUGGAGCUGCUGGCGCUGCUGCUGGGGGGCAGCGCCGGCAAUGCCUGUGUCUUCAGGGAG